UCGACAGAGGAUGAUCCGUUUUGGUCUGAUUUCUGAAGUAAACAUGUAACCUUUUGAAGGUACAGUAAAAAUAAUGAGGAAAAUAAAGACUUUUGAAGUUUCUGCAAGACACAGACCAAUUAGAAAUGAUUAAAUAAAAAGAAUUCGGGAUGUUACAACGACAGAAUAGUUCGAGGCCCUACACGAGUGGCAGCUUCCGAACCAAACUGCAGUUGUUUGACCAGUUCAUCAAAGAAUUCACCUACGUUGAUGAGGAACUGAACCCAGAGGAGCGAAGACAAAUCCUUCAAGAUAGACUUACAAAUGGAUAUGAACCAUUUUGCGAAGCUAUAAGAAGUCUAUUUGGGAACGAUGUAAGCACACAAGAUUUAAAGGCACUGUUUCGUAAAAUAGCGUUAAAUCCUGACGCUAAAGUCGACUGGAGCGAGCUAUUUGGUAUAGGAGGCGCUACAGACGAAGUGCCUGACCUACUUCUGAAUGAGGAUACYUCUUCUGUGUUUACAACAAGCAAAAGGAAAACAGUUGGUGAAGCUGGAGGUGACAAGAAAAGAAGAGAUGUUGUUCAAUGCAUAGCACAUGUACCAAAAUAUGGCUUUUUCAUUACUGCAUCACAGAAAGGAAUUGUUUGUCAAUGGAGCAACAAGUUCCGUUUGCAAGCUUGCACAGAUAUUAAUGAAUCAUCUUGGGUUACUGGCUGUGGUUURCUUCCAAGUUUACGUAGGAUUGCAGUGACAUCUGAAAGGGCAGUUGCAUUAUGGGACUACAGACAAAAGAGAAAACAAUCUACCAUUUAUCAAAUCAAACCAGUGGACAAUUCCCCUCAGUGCAUGWCAUACAUACCAUGGAAGACCAACUCAAUGAAUGAAGACACUAUGCUGUUUGGAGAUGAUCAAGGGUAUGUAAAUAUGCUGACCAUUUCAUCCAAAGACCUUCACAUGAAAAACUCCAAUACCAAAGGAGACUCAGUUGUUGUGAACAUUGAACCAAGUAAAUUAAGCAGUGAAAUCAAAGGAAGAAAGUUUUUUGAUGAUUGGGUUGUAAAAAUAAAGUAUUUCCCACAYUUAGAGAUGUUUGGUUGUUGUUCGCCUAGCUCUAAUUGUUCAUUCAUUCUUGGAAGRAUUGAGAGAGUACUUGAUAAUGGCCCUGUGAGAGAACUUGCUGUGCCCAAGGGAGUCAACUGCUUUGAUUACUGUUCAAGAGCUAAUGUGAUAAUAACAGCAGGUGCAGAUAAGAUUGUCCGUAUAUGGCAUCCCCUUAUUUUCUCAAGGCCGACAGGGAAAUUAAUUGGUCAUCUAUUCACCAUAGUUGAAAUCAGUGUGAAUGAAAAGGACCAACAACUGAUAAGCCUUUCUACUGCAAGGGUGUUUCGUGUUUGGGACAUCCAAACRUUAACUUGUCUUCAGGUGUUCACAGAUAAUGAGGUGCGACCUGGAGAAAAGCGUAUUUCWUCCAUGCUUUAUGAUGCCAAGAAUGACAGACUUAUUACAGGUUGCAGUGUUAUUGAUACAUGGCCUCUAACGAGAGCAAUACAAGARGCUUUACAAGUCCCUCAUACUCAUGAUCGACCACUAAGUCAYUUGUUAUACAAUCCCCAAAUGAGUCAGGUCAUAACUGUGUGUACAGAAGGCAUUAUGAAGGUCUGGGAAAUGGAAACAGGUCAAAUAGUGUACCAGGUCCCUGAUGCCCAUGGGUCAUCCAAUGAAAUAACAGCAAUGAAUAUUGAUAAUACUGGUUAUAGGCUUGUUACUGGAGCAUAUGAUGGCACCAUAAAAGCUUGGGAUUUUGGCAGUGGGCAGCUUUACAAGUCGUAUCCUGAUGAUCCCAAAAAGAGUCAAGAGAAUACUAUCACUGGUUUAGUGUACCAUACUAUACAAGAAAAACGGUGUUUGMUGGUGUCAUCAUGGGGAAAAGGAGUGAGGAUACUUGAGGAUUGCUAUGACGAACCAAUGUUUACUGAAUUAAGAUUCCUGAGUGACAUCUUUAAUCCACCAACUCCUAUCACCGAACCAGAGAGAGGUGCCUCCCCUUUUGUAUCAAAAAUACCAUUACCAGGAAUUGGCGAAGGAAACAACACAACAGGACAGAUAUCUUUACUGAGAUCCAGCGAGGUCACAUGUGUUGAGUAUUUCAGUGGUGCUACCUUAUUGGCUGGAACAACUGAUGGUUCACUUAUCAUGUGGAAUCUUGACACUGAGAAGGUCAUCUCAAGGUUUGUGUUACCUCCCACAAAUACAAGUGCGCGAAGUGAAAAGAGCGCUAAGAGGCAACGACGUGAUGACCAGGCAAAUCUUGUACAUGCAUGUCGCGUUCUUGUUCAUAAAGUUAGACGUCCAAUCAUCUAUGGCGAAAGACCUGUAUAUCUUCACACCGUUGAAGAAGAAUCAGAAAGUGAACACGAAACAUCCACCGAGCUUUCCACUCCAAAYAUUGAUGAAAACGAAGAGAAAGAGGUUGAAGAAAACACUGACAAACCCAGUGAACUCCCUGAUGACGUCAKCGAUGUGGAAAUGAAAGAAASUGAAGAAAUAGAAAAAGAAGAAAAKGAYRCAWUAAUCCCMGAYAGRAAUUUAGAAAAGGAUGAAAYAAAUGAAGACGAGGAGGAUGAUUCGCCAUAUUUACGCAUAAGCGAGCCCGCAGUACUUUCCUGUCAUCAUGAUGGAUACCUUAGAUUUUGGACUUUGGAGGGCCGAUUAUUAAAUGAGAUAAGGGCGAUUACUCGCCGACAGUCAUCAGCGGUCACGUGUCUAACUACUGACGUCGACUGUAAAUACGUCAUCAGUGGCGACGCAAGGGGAUAUGUGACAGUGUGGGAUGUCGGGAGUUUCCUCCUGGACCCACCCAAAAUUUCUAAGCCAAAGGAUGAAGAAUCAACAAACAAGAAGAAAGAGCCUAAGAAUGUUAUCAAACAAGUCAUAUGCUGGAGAGCACACUUGACGAGACUUGUUGGGGUAGAGCACCUUGAAGGUGCUGAGGUUUUAGUUACAGCGUCUACUGAUUGUUCAGUCAGAGUCUGGUACCGCGAUACUGGCCACUUUAUAGGGUUCUUUGGUCAGCCACGAUUGUGGCAUCUGCCUAGUUCAAAAUCAGUCCCAACAACUCCUGUGCGACCUUACGAUAUCACUGAGGUAAUGCUACAGACCAGAAGUACAUAGUUAUGUACUUCUGUACAGACUUAUGUUGAUGUUCUACAAUACUAUGUUCUAUUGUUUUAUUUUAGGUGGUAUCCAUUCCGUCAUUCCGCAAAAGACGAAACACGACCUAAGGGAAAUACAAAGAAAUUCUUUGAUUCGUUGUCAAAACCAAAGCAUUAUAAUUCCCACCUUCAAAGUUCAAGGACUGGUUCUCCCGAGACUGGAGCCGUCUUUCGUGCAUUACCAGUUUACAGGAUCGAUUCUCCUGAACGUCUCAACACCCCAGCAGUUGCUCAUCAGUCAACAUGGCUAACGAAUCCCACUAGUGGUAUUCAACAAAAGGCGCAGGCUGCUGGAAAGAUAACUUACACUUAUCGUUCUACCUCUCCAAUGAAGGAGCAAGUUGUUUCAAGAUUCCCGCAURUGGUCCAAGCCAACAAGAGAUAACAUUCAUUGCUGGUCAGCGGUUAGUAUAACUAAAACUAACCGUUUUGGCCAGCAUAAUUGUGUAGCUGUGAUUCCAUGGAAA